GAUAGAGAAAGAAGAAAAACGGCAAGCUCGAGCAGCACCGAAAAUCGACUGUCCAGUACUCCACUGUCGUCUAAGUUGAGCUACCCAAAUUUCCCCGGAGUUGAGAGAAUAGAAGUUUUAAGUAGCAAUGGUUAAAUUCACCGGGGAAGAUGGUCAGGCACUGGUUUCCCACUCCUCCCAUCCUCACCCGCUUAAGCUAGUAGCCACGGGCGGCGCCCUGUUCCAGUGCGACGGCUGCAGGCAGAUCGGCGACGAGCUCAGAUACCGGUGCGACCAAUGCGACUUCGACCUCCACGUAUGCUGCGCCCAAGCCCCGGCGGUUCUCGAGCACCCUAUGUUCGAGGGCCGUGCGCUCACCUUCUUCCAGAGACGGCCGGCGAUCCCGGCAGGCGGUUGCGCGCUCUGUGACGUCUGCGGCGACCCGGUGCUCGGCUUCCUGUACCACAACCGCGAGCACGAUCUCGACAUCCACCCUUUCUGCGCAACCCUGCCGGAGCGCAUCGUCGUGGAGGACGACGGUGUGCUGAACCUCACCAAGGCCGCCGGCCAUAGCUGUAAGGUCUGCGGGGAGGUUGGACGCCGCGGCCGGUACUUGUCGUACCGCUUCCAGGACGACGACGGUAAGCUUGUGUACAUCCACGUGGCCUGCGUGCUGGAGGCGAGCUUCUCCAGCGGCGAUCACGUCGUGCAGGCCAACUCCACGACGACAGGGGAGGACGCCCCCAGGAGGACCGGCAGGUUCAGGCGUUUCUGCAAAGUGGCCUUCCGCGUCGCGAGGGUGAGCUACUCAGUCGCCACUCUGGAUCCGGUGGGGCUUGUCACAGCGAUUGUAAGCCCCAUCUGACUUGCCGGUUAGGUUGCGGUUCACUCCGUCAGUCAUGAAACCCCAGGUUCACUCCGUGUGCCUGGGUGGCCUACACAUGAAAACAUCUGCAGCGAGGUAUCUUCAGUGAGAACACGUGUACCAUUAUGCGACUAUACAUAUGUGAUAUGUGGGUCUGCUAGAGUGAUUCUCAAAAGAUGUUCCUCCUUUAUGCAGUAAGUAAUCAAGUCCGAUUUUUGAUUUCUACUUUGUGCUAAGGCAGUGCCGAAGGACAAAAAAAAAUCUAAGAUAGGGCGAACUUUUAAGAAUGCAAAUGCCAAAAUAGUUCUAAAACAAUAA